CGCGGUUCAGUGGCACCGCAGUUAGGCUGGGAGAGAGUGAGGGAGAGCAUGGCGGCCACGUUCUUCGGGGAGGUGGUGAGGACGCCGUGCCGAGCUGGGACGGAGGACGAGGAGGAGGAAGAAGAGGGGAAUAGGGAGACGCCCGAGGAUAGGGAGGUCCGGCGACAGCUGGCGCGGAAGAGGGAGGUGCGGCUCUUUUGCAGACAGACAAAAACAACGUUGGAAGUUUCUCUGCUGGAAAAACAUCCUUGCUCCAAGUUUAUAAUUGCAAUAGGGAAUAAUGCAGUAGCGUUUUUGUCAUCAUUUGUCAUGAAUUCAGGAGGCUGGGAAGAAGUCGGUUGUGCUAAACUCUGGAAUGAAUGGUGUAGGACAGCGGACACUGCACACCUGUCCCCCACAGAGGCUUUUUGUGUGUUUUAUCACCUGAAAUCGAAUCCUUCGGUCAUGCUCUGCCAGUGCAGUUGCUACGUGGCCGAAGAUCAGCAGUAUCAGUGGCUGGAAAAGGUUUUUGGCUCUUGUCCAAGGAAGAAUAUGCAAGUCACUAUUCUCACAUGUCGCCAUGUUACUGACUAUAAAACUUCAGAAUCUACUAGCAGCCUUCAUACUCCUUUCCUGAAAGCUCUAAAAACUCAGAAUUUCAAAGAGCCUCCUUUUUGUUCACUGCUAGAACAACCAAAUAUUGUCCACGACCUUCCUGCAGCAGUUCUGAGUUACUGUCAAGUAUGGAGAAUCCCUGCAGUUCUGUACCUGUGUUACACUGAUGUGAUGAAAUUAGACCUGAUCACAAUCGAAGCUUUUAAGCCUGUACUUUCUUCCAAAAGUUUAAAGUGUUUGGUUAAGAACAUUCCCCAGAGCACAGAGAUACUGAAGAAAUUGAUGACAACAAAUGAGAUUCAGAGUAACAUUUACACGUGAUUCCCAAGAUGGUUUUGUACAGUGUAUCACCCAUCCAUUCCUUUAAGGGCAGCAGCGUACCCUGUUUUGUAGUUACUUUUUUCCACGGGGGUAUUACAAGGGUGUUAACAGAAUAAACUUAUUUUAAAUUCA